AUGAAAAUCAGUGCCCGGCCACACGCUGAAGAACAUGUUAGCUACGCCUGAAGAACUUUUGUGGCUGAAGCGACAGUCUAAGCAGUGGACCGGAAGAAGAGAGUUUUAACGUUUUAGGCGGUUUUAGAGAGUUCCCAUGUUGUUCCCAGCAAACUGGUUUCACAGUUUUACUCGUGUUUGUCACGAAGGAGAGGAGGCGAUUACUAGCAGCCGCCAUCUUUUGGAACGGACUGGGAGUGGGGAGUUAGCUAGCUAACUGGCUAACAAGCUAGUUUUUAGGGCCUUGACAAGUCGUAACUGGACUUAAAAGUCUUCACACCUAAGAAAACCAACACCAACAUUUUGGGAUUCACUGUAUUUAUCGAUACAACGAUACCAUUGCAUCUGUCGGAGUCCCAGAGAAAUAAACAACUUCAGAUAUCCAAAUCUCUGCUGCACUCUCGUGCAGUGGCCAAAGUAGUUGCGCCCUACUCCUCCCUGGAAAGCUGUGCGAGCUACCUAAGUAAGCGAGCUACUGACGACUCCACACAUAAUCUUCUUCUCAAACCUGGCCUAUUGGACAGGUGCGUGCGCGUACACUGCCUCCCUCUGGCAGAUGAGUCAUCGGCGGAGGCUGACGUGUGGCAGUCGCACGGCCAGAUAGUCCCCUGCGAGCGCGGCUGCGUCCGGCUCGCAGCAUGCCCUCCACCAGCCGGGCAGGGAGCCUGAAGGACCCAGAGAUCGCCGAUCUCUUCUUCAAAGAGGAUCCCGAGAAGCUCUUCUCAGACCUGCGCGAGAUCGGACAUGGCAGCUUCGGCGCCGUCUACUUUGCACGGGAUGUGCGGACCAUGGAGGUGGUGGCCAUUAAGAAGAUGUCCUAUAGUGGCAAACAGUCCAAUGAGAAAUGGCAGGAUAUCAUCAAAGAGGUUAAAUUCCUCCAGAGAGUACAACACCCAAACAGCAUAGAGUACAAAGGAUGUUACCUGCGGGAGCACACAGCAUGGCUGGUCAUGGAAUACUGCUUAGGUUCAGCCUCCGACCUCCUUGAAGUUCACAAAAAGCCCCUUCAGGAAAUUGAGAUUGCAGCAAUUACUCAUGGUGCUUUGCAAGGGCUUGCCUACCUUCAUUCCCAUAACAUGAUUCAUAGGGAUAUUAAAGCUGGGAACAUCCUGCUGACUGAGCCGGGGCAGGUCAAAUUGGCAGAUUUUGGCUCCGCCUCCAUUGCCUCUCCAGCCAACUCCUUUGUGGGGACGCCAUAUUGGAUGGCCCCGGAGGUUAUUCUGGCCAUGGAUGAGGGUCAGUACGACGGAAAGGUCGACGUCUGGUCCCUUGGGAUAACCUGUAUAGAGCUGGCGGAACGGAAACCCCCUCUGUUCAACAUGAAUGCGAUGAGUGCCUUAUACCACAUAGCGCAGAAUGAGAGCCCAACACUGCAGUCUAGUGAAUGGACGGAUUACUUUAGAAAUUUUGUUGAUUCUUGCCUUCAGAAAAUCCCACAGGACAGACCACACUCGGAAGAUCUGCUAAAGCAUGCAUUUGUUCUGAGGGAAAGGCCUGAGUCAGUUCUGGUGGACUUGAUUCUGCGGACCAAGGAUGCAGUCCGGGAGCUGGACAACCUGCAGUAUCGUAAGAUGAAGAAGAUCCUGUUUCAGGAGGCCCAUAACGGACCGGCCGCAGAGAUCCAGGAAGGAGAGGAGGAGCCAGAACACGGUGCUGGCCGCACUGGGACUGUUAAUAGCGUCGGCAGUAACCAGUCCAUACCCAGUAUGUCCAUCAGCGCCAGUUCUCAGAGCAGUUCUGUGAACAGUCUCCCCGACGCUGCUGAUGACAAGAGUGAACUGGACACGAUGGAGGGAGAUCAUACCGUCAUGUCUAACAGCUCUGUCAUUCACCUCAAACCGGAGGAAGAGGAGGGUUAUCGGGAUGAUUCAGAGCCCCGCAGUCGGCCCUCGGAGGCACAGGCGGCACCAGCGCCAGCCCCUCGACAGAAACAUCACCGGAAUCGAGAACACUUUGCCACCAUCCGCACGGCUUCUCUGGUGACCAGGCAGAUGCAGGAGCAUGAACAGGACUCUGAGCUGAGGGAGCAGAUGUCGGGAUACAAGCGCAUGCGGCGACAGCACCAGAAACACCUGAUGGCACUGGAGAACAAGCUGAAGGCUGAGAUGGAUGAGCACAGGCUGAGAUUGGACAAAGAGCUGGAGACACAGAGAAACAGCUUCGCCGCUGAGAUGGAGAAACUCGUCAAGAAACAUCAAGCAGCCAUGGAAAAAGAUGCUAAAACUUUUGCCAAUGAUGAGAAGAAGUUCCAGCAGCACAUUCAGGUUCAGCAGAAAAAAGAACUGAGCAGUUUCCUGGAGUCCCAGAAAAGGGAGUACAAACUACGCAAGGAGCAACUGAAAGAGGAGCUUAGUGAAAACCAGUCCACCCCUAAGAAGGAGAAGCAGGAGUGGUUGUCCAAGCAAAAGGAGAACUUCCAACACUUCCAGGCUGAAGAGGAGGCCAACCUGCUUCGCCGACAGCGUCAAUACCUGGAACUCGAGUGCCGUCGAUUCAAGAGACGCAUUCUCAUCGCCCGCCAUAACGUGGAGCAGGACCUUGCCCGAGAGGAGCUGAAUAAGCGUCAGACGCAGAAGGAUCUGGAACACGCAAUGUUGCUGCGCCACCAUGAAUCCAUGCAGGAGCUGGAGGUGCGUCAGCUGGCCACCAUUCAGAAGAUGCGUGCCGAGCUGAUCCGCCUGCAGCACCAGACCGAGCUUACCAACCAGCUGGAGUACAACAAGCGCAGGGAGAGAGAACUGCGUCGCAAACACGCCAUGGAAGUACGCCAGCAGCCCAAGAGCCUCAAGUCCAAAGAGCUACAGAUAAAGAAACAGUUCCAGGACACGUGUAAGAUCCAGACCCGACAGUACAAAGCCCUACGGAACCACUUGCUGGAAACCACGCCCAAGUCAGACCACAAGUCCGUCCUGAAGAGGCUAAAGGAGGAGCAGACCCGUAAACUGGCCAUACUGGCCGAGCAGUAUGACCACUCCAUCAACGACAUGCUCUCUACACAGGCUUUGCGAUUGGAUGAGGCGCAGGAGGCAGAGUGUCAGGUUCUGAAGAUGCAGCUGCAGCAGGAGCUGGAGCUGCUGAAUGCCUAUCAGAGUAAGAUCAAGAUGCAGACAGAUGCUCAGCACGACCGUGAGAGGAAGGAGCUGGAGCAGAGAGUCUCACUGCGGAGAGCCCUUCUCGAGCAUAAAAUUGAGGAGGAAAUGCUUGCCCUGCAGAGGGAGAGAUCGGAGCGCAUUCGCAGCCUGCUGGAGCGCCAGGCCCGAGAGAUCGAGGCUUUCGACUCUGAGAGCAUGCGUCUGGGCUUCAGCAACAUGGUGCUCUCAAACCUGGCCUCCUCAUCCGACGGUCACAGCCACAGUUUCCCGGGGGCCCCCGGGAGCUGGGGCUCUCAGCACGGGGCAAGCUCCCAGGGGCCUCACUGGGGAAGCGGUGGCGGAGGGGGAGGGGUGUCCGGGCACGGUGGCAGUCACCAUGGCCACCAUCACCAUCAUCCGAGCCAGAGCGGCUCCAUCCAGCAGCCCUGGGGCCACAGCUUGCCGCCCGGUGGACCUCCACCUUGGGGCCAUCAUGGGUCGGGCGGCAGCCAGCGCUCAAGCGGAGGUGGCGGAGGGGUCCGGAACAGCCCCCAGGCAAUGCGGCGGACCUCCUCGGGGGGGAGGAGCGAGCAGGGGAUGAGCAGGAGCGCCAGCAUUGCUUCACAGAUCUCCAAUGGCUCCCACUUGUCUUACACAUAAGACCGCCCCUCACGCCACCCUCAGCACCUGCCUCCUUAGACCACAGUGCUACAGGGUUAUGGGGGGAGAGGGCACCAGGGGCCAAGGGUGGGCACAGGAGUAGACCAAUCCUCUGCCUUCUCAAUGGCCCUUUCUCUCUCUGUCUCUCUCUCUGUCCCUCUCUCUCUCUGAUUCCUUUUCUCUCCCAGUUAUGUUGACCAUCUCUCCCAUUCUCUCCUCCUUGUCCCCAGCUAUAACAACGGGCCAUUGAAUUUGCACCCUUUGUAUCCGAGGAAAUGUAUCCAAGGAAACUUUUUAUCGUAAGCCUUGUUUUCAGUUAGUAACAUUGACUUUUGUCAGGUUUUCCAUCCACGUCUUCUCCUAAGUCCUGGUUAUAAAAAUUGGUCGGGCAGAAUUCUAUCUAGAUUUUCAGUGUUCACAAAGAGCUGCUAUCCGCCUUGCCUUCAGUUCACGUCACAUCCUUAAAUUCACAUCAGAAUCACUUCUGAUCUGUACUCUGUAAAAUGGCAAAAAAAAAGACUCAUUUGCAGCAAGGGAACAAAUUCUGAAUAGAGACAUGAAGGUCAAACUAGUUUUAUUCUAAGGCGGUUUAAUGACGGGUCGAGUAUGAAAUAUGAAAUUUGAAAUUGAGAUGGUGUGGUUGUGUGUACGUGUGAGUGGGAUUGUGAGCAGGAUAACAACUUUUUUGAACAGAAAAAGGGUGACGUUUUAAUCCAAUUUAAAGUAAGGGGAAGGUCAGUAUAAGAAUGUAAUUUGCUUUUGGCGGGUGAGUAGCGUUUUUAACAGGGAAGGACGGAGAGCCUUGGGUCUAGCAUAUCUCAUGCUUUAUGGUUUUUAUCUUGAGCUAUUAGGAUGUGAUUAUCAGAUGGGGCUUUUCUUUUUUCUCGAGCGCUGGGCGUGUGUGUGUGUGUGUGUGUGUGAAUUUUGAGUUGAAUAUACUAAUGCCAGAAGCAUGGCAGUACACAUAGAGUAAAUAACUUGAGAAUUUACCGUCUCGUUUGUGUGUAACACUAUUAAACAGACAGUUACUGUUGGACACUGAAAUUGAAGGUUGUUUUUAUUUCAGCUUUAAGCUAUUCCUCAUUCUGCUUUAUCAUAGAUGGCCGGUAACCGUUGCGUCUACCAUGGAUCAGCUUCAAGUUUUCAAAUGCACUUGAUUUUAUAAAUGCUUUUCUGAUGCUGUGCCAUGUGAUGACAUUAGAAACUGCUUUGGUUAGGAGCUAAAACACUAAGCACUAAUGCUUUAAACAUGUUUAAUACUCAUCUUCAGCAUUUUUUUUCUUUUCUUUUCUUUUCGUUCUGGAUAUUUUGUGUUGAAAGAAUUCUUACUAACCUAAAAUUACUGUGAAAUUGCAAGUAGCAGAUAGAAAUGUGACACACCAGCAUUGUUGAUUUUAGUAUUUGAUUUAUAUCCAGGUUAUCUUCUGUGGAGGGUCCCAAAAUCCUAAGAUGCGUCAGUUGAGAUAAACCAAAAGAAGUCUCUCUCAUAUAUCGUUCUUGCAGUUGUCAUAGGUCUUCAGUGUAUGUUAGGGCCAGGGCCUCGUGGGUUUACAUUUAUGCUGUUCUUAGCAUUUCAUAUUGCCACAGCUCUAAUAGAAGAAAGAAGUAGCCAAAAAAUAGUAGUUACUUGUGAACAGGGACAGAAAACAGGUUGUGGGUUUACAUUCGUAUCAGGAUGGUUUAAGUGCUACAAUCUGUGUUCAGUUUGAGUGGACUGGCCCUUUUCUUUAAGAAUGUGUGUGGCAGAAUGUAGGGUUGAUCAGUGGAAAGUCAUAAGCUAGUAAGGCAUAAGUCUUUUGUGAAGUAUAUCGAUUAACUGUUUGUGAAUAAUUACUCAAGUCUUGUAUAGGCAGCACUGACUCAGGUUCUGAUGAUGAGAAUAAACUAAUCAUUUUAUUAACUUGGAAACUGCACUUACAGCUCUGAUCUGUUCCAAGAGCUGGAAUCUGUUAAAAGGACCGGUGCUAGUUGGAGGCUGGGUAAGACUUGUCAGAUUGGGUUUUUACAUCUUGUUCCCAAGUAUGCAGUUAUCAAUAGAUGUGCUUUCAGCAUAAAAAAGGAUAUUUGUUCACUCAUAAAAUUAGUUAUAGAGUGUUCUGUUGAACAAAUGUUGGUCAGAAUGGGAAGGUUUGCAUAAAUUUGAAAAGUAGUGUGGUUCCUGAUGGUAUAAAUUGGUAGGUUGAAUAAGAAACACUGUAUGAUAUUCACAUGUAUGUAUGUUUAUCUGUGAGUGGGAGCGGUGUGCUAACUUUCCCCUGAAUAACAGUAUUAAAUGGUUAUGGAAUCAUAGUUACAAUCAUAAGUACAGAAGGUCAAGAUGCCAAAGUUUUCCGUCAUUAUUACUAUGCAAAAGAGGCGACGCUGAUCCAAAAAACUAUAUAUAUAAAUGUGACUGCUUUUGGCACCAUGUGCCCUCAGCUGCCAAAAGUGAUAGAGUUAAAUGAGGUCCUCUUCAGGUGUGAACAUGUGUGGACAUGAUUCAUAAAACCAGAUUAUCCCCUGUCAUAUGAUCAACAGUAACCUCAAAGCUCCCUGGUGUUAUUACCAUUGUGUCAGACUUCAAACAACAAAAACAAACUAAGCUGAAAUCCCUUUCUGUCCCCCCUUUUGUCUCUCCUCUCCCUGUCGCCACUCUCUCUCUCUCUCUCUCUCUCUCUCUCUCUCUCUCUCUCUCUCUCUCUCUCUCUCUCUCUCUGUCUCUCUCUCUGGGUGUUCUUGGUGCCCUCUCUUACCCUGUUCCUGAGAGACAGGGUGCGAGGCGUCCGUGAAGGGUGCGUGUCAGAGCGCGGAGGUGGUGGUCUGGUGGUCUUGCGACCGCUGAAUGUGUUUUGACAUGGUGGGGAGGUGGGUGCAGCUGCUGUCGUCCCUGCAAAUGCUUCUGUUUGUUCCCACGCCGCCGCCCACCUUUCCAUGGCUCUGAUAACCUAACGCAGAACACCCACCCUCAACCCAACGGUUAUAAAAAUGACUUCAGUGAAAACAUGUACAAAAAAAAAAACAACAAACAAAAAAAAAACAAAAACAAAAAAAACCUGAGAAAGUUUAAAGAAAAGAGAAAAAGGUCAAAAAACAUACAGAGUGUUAUGAUUGAGAUGUACGGGGACAGCAAAUAAGUGGGAUGUAUAGGAAAGAGUUUGUGUAUAUUGUAUAUUUAGAAAUUUUGGAAAUGGAAAUAUAAAAACAUGAAACACAAACCCAAAUAGACUACAAAUUAACUGCUUGAAUGUGAAGACAAAAAAAAAAAAGCAAAGAAAUUAAACCGACUUGGUUUUCUAAUGUUUAAUAUUUAAAAGAGAGAACAUUUUAUCGAGCAUACACUUAGGAGGGGGUCAUGUCAAAGCCAAAUUGUUUGAAAAGUGCAUCCGUGGAUUUCUGGACAGUUCUCCACUCUUCUGUCUUUCCACCCACAGUGCUGUUUCCUUACGAUGCUCUCACUGGGCCAUCUCUGCUGCUCUUUCUCACCGCACACUGUCAGUCGUGUGAAUCUAUGUGAGUGAUGCAGUAGUGAGGUCUCCUCUUCACGGUUUCACAGGUCUUUAAAAGACCCUUGCCCCUCCCCACCCCCACCCCCCCCAGCCCUCGUCCUCUGGAGUCUGUGAACAAAUGGGGUGUGAACCCUUUUGGUUUUGAAGGCGUUCAGACCACAGUGGGCACCCACUCAGUAAACUCACAGUUAUCGUUUUUCCCAUAAUUUCAUUGCAACCUCUAAUUUUUGUUUUUGUUUUGUUUUUUGGUUUUUUGGUUUGUUUUUGUUCUUCAGGUCAAUGAAUGAAAGAGGCAUCUUUCAAUUACUGCCCGUAAGUUCACAGUGGGUCAGCAAUGAACAGGUUUAGAAUUGUUUCAGUUUGUUUUUAAGCAAGUUUUUGGUUUGCAUGUUUAUAUGUUACUUUUUCAAUAAUGAGGUUACAUGACCAGGCACCUUUUUUUUUUUUGUUUAAAUCCGGAAAGAUCUAAAUCUUGCAUGAUCUUGUGUGGUUAGAGCCAACGCACAUCCAACGUCUUAGGGACCAGGGCCACAUAAAGAAUUAGUUGGUCUAACUAAAAUGACCAAUAUUUAAAGCACCCUGGCACUCUGAUGCCACUUAAUGCCAAAUUCUGCUCGUCACAUCGUAAAAGACUUGGUUACCACGGGGUUCCUAAAGAGGAACUCUCUUGAACAGCCUUGUGGGGCUGUUACCUGGUGCGGUGGAGAGCACCUCCAUUUGAAACCCUUACUGUGAUCAGUCAGGUGACUUGAACAUCAGUCGUGCUCAGGUCACCCUGUCAGCCAGACUGGUGAAGCAGGUGUUCAUGCAGUGUGUGUUGAGAGAGAGAGAGAGACUAGAUCACCCCAUCCUGGCCACCUCCCUCUUAGAGACUGCCAUAGCAGAGAGCUCAAACAGCCCUCUUUACGAAUGAGUUUCUAUGACCCUAUUCAGAAGUGAUGAAUAAGGAGGGGAAGAAUGGAGGAGGGGGGACCAUCUCUGUACAGUGUGUUUGCCAGUAUUCCUUCAACGUUUUUCUUUUUUCUUUUCUUUUUUUUUUGUCAUGGUCAAAUUUGUUUGUUUUUCCUGCUUCAACAUUACCAUAAUGAUCCACAUAUAACCUGUAUUAAAAUGUAUAGAUUGUGAAAAGCUGAAUGUCAGAGAGAUUAAAAAAUGUAUGGCUAUUCAUAAUGAGAAAAAAAUGAAUUAAAAUGUAAAAAAAAAUUCUGAAAAACAAACUUUAGGGGACAAAUGUACUGUUUUGUUUGUAAUUACACCUUUUGUUGGCAGAGGGCUACUGGACAAAGAAUCGACUGUAAUAAAGUAAUUUUAGUA